AUGGGGGCGGAUUGCGAGCUCUUCUAUCAUGCUAGGAUCAUGAUGGUGCUAUGCGGCAUUUGGAGACUGGAAUUACACAACAGCACAAAUUUUUUUAAAGCCGCUUAUCCGUUCUAUUCUGUCGUAAUACAAAUAAUGUAUUCACUAACUCCUUUGUUGUUGGGAGCAAAUUUGCCAAAUUUAUUUAGAACGGACCUGACUGCAGCCCUAGAAACGGUCUCAAAAUUUCUAUUUUCUGGCCUGCUGGUUAUUAAAGCAUCGAUGUGCCAAUCGAAAAAAAUCGUUAACGUUAUUUCCAUAGCACUAAAGAAGGAGGCGGAGACGUACAUAAACGACGAGUGUCAAAUCCGAAAAAUUUAUCACAGCCACGUAACGUUUUGCAAUUCGUUAACUAAAUUCUCCUACGCAUGCGCAGUUGGCGGCGUUGUACUCCACUGGGAAUUCGGAAUAGCGGACAGUUAUGCGUUCUAUAGAUCACAAAGGGAUAGUAAUCAAACAGUCGAUAAGCCUUUGCCGCUUCAUUUCUGGUAUCCAUUCGAUAAAAACAAAUUCCACAUUUGGGUUUUACUGGAUCAGUUAUGGCAAAUAGUUUUAACGGUGUGGUACACCACCGCGUUCCAGAUCUUUAGCAAUUCUUUGCUAAUUUUUUUGAGAGCGCAACUGAAAAUAUUCCAGCAAUAUUUUAAGAGCUUUCAUAAAAAUCUCAAUCGUUUAGGUCAAUCGGGCGAAAGCAAUUCAGCAUUCAAAAAUUUGCGGUUACUGUGCUCAGGCCACCAAGAAUUUAUAAAGUACAUUAACGACUUUAAUAAUUCGGUAAAAAAUAUUUUACUAGUGGAAUACUGUUUCUCGUCGCUAAUGUUCGCUGGCGCGGUGUUCCAAGUAAUGGCGGGGGUUAAUGUACCAUUCAACUGCAUGUUUGUGUUUGUUUUAUUUAGCCAAUUAAUUCUGUUGGCUUGGAAUUGCAACGAAAUAGUGAUUCAGAGUGGCAAAUUGUCUAGCGCCCUUUAUAAAAGCGAAUGGUACGACCAGGACAUUAAAACAAAAGUCCUUGUAUAUAUCAUGGUGAUGCGGUGUCAGAAGCCACUCAGUUUAACAAUCGGUUCAUUUGGUCCAAUGACUACGGAUGCUGUGAUUUCGAGGAUGAAGUUGACAUAUUCCUAUACAACAGUAAUGAGGGCAGAUUAAAAAAUUAUGGCAGGCUGCGUAAAAUCAUAUUUUCACUAAAAAAAUAUUAAAAAUGUCAGAAAAAAAAAUCAUAUAAAUUGAGUCUUUUCACCGGACGAAUGGAAACUUUCUACAACAAAAAGUGAGCCAGAUGAUUUGUUUAAGUUUUUUUAGCAGAAAAGAAAAAGAAAACUGCAUAAUUGUGAUUCUAAAAAUUUAGCUAUAAACUUAGUGAUACUUUGCUGUAGGGUACUGUGUUUUUUGUUAAAUACGAUAUAAUUGUAUGUUAUGUACAGCAAAUAUUUUUUAAUGGAUCAUUCGAAUAUUUUUUGGCAAAUUUGUAUGUGGCCUUUCAAUAAAUUUUGAAUAGAAAGAGCUGUUUUUAAUUAAUUUGCAAAAUAAAAUGGAUCAAUUCCCAGAUCCAUUAUUACCAUAG